UCUGCUGGCAGUGCGCAGCCAUAGCUGAUGACGUCGCAGAAGGGUCUGCUUGCGUCGAUAGCGAAAGCAAGUUGCGCCGCGGAGGACAUCCAUCUGAUAUAUCUUCUUAUAGUGGACAGUGUAUUACAAAAACUUCCGCGUAACGACAUCAUACAGUCACAUGCAGAUAUGCAUCCUACAAGGAGGGUUAUUGUUGAGAGGACGACUUCACAACUGUGCAAAACAAACAACUGUGCUCCUUAGAAAUAAGGAGAAAUAAAAAUGGCUAGCAGGUGAGUGAAGUCAUUUCGACAUUAACGAUACGCUAUCGUCUACAAGCCCGUGGAUUACAUUUUUGGGGAAAUCGUUUAUAUUACUGUGUUUUCACUGACAAACAAAUAGCAAUUCCCUCAAUUGUUUGUAAUAAACACUGAACGACACGCCUGUAGCAAGCACAAUGUUGACAUGGAUUGUUGCGUCGCCUUCAUUUCCAUGGCGCAUGCGUGGGGGGUAGUACUGGGUAGUGGAGUUCUAUGUGUCCACGCCUAUUCAACAACUCGAGAUGACAGGCUAGCAAAGGAAUAAAACAAGCACUCAAGAAAUUCAGAGUAUUACUUUUAGGUGAAACCAAGCUUACACUGAAAAAUGUCUGAGAAAGAAGACGAGAAAGGGAAAAGGGGCAGUGCCCAUCAGACGGAGCUGUACUUUGAGGUCCCGGGGACAUGCCUGCCCAUUGUCUAUUCUCCCGAAUACAACAUCACCUUCCUGGGCCUGGAGAAACUGCAUCCCUUUGAUGCCGGCAAAUGGGGAAGGGUCAUCAACUUUCUGAGAGAGGAGCAGUUCCUUACCGAGGAGAACAUCGUACCGGCCAGGGAGGCCACAGAGGAGGAUCUUCUGGUCGUCCACACCAAGCGCUACCUGAGCAAGCUGAAGUGGUCUUUGGUGGUAGCUACAAUUACAGAGAUUCCACCUGUCCUGUUCCUACCAAACUUCUUGGUGCAACGUAAAGUCCUUCGGCCACUAAGGACCCAAACAGGUGGCACCAUCAUGGCAGGCAAGCUUGCCAUAGACAGGGGAUGGGCCAUUAAUGUUGGAGGCGGGUUCCAUCACUGCUCCAGUGACAAGGGAGGAGGCUUCUGUGCCUACGCGGAUAUAACCCUAGCCAUCAAGUUCCUGUUUGAGCGAGUGGAAGGUGUCCGCCGGGCCACCAUCAUCGAUUUGGACGCCCAUCAGGGAAAUGGACACGAGCGAGACUUCUUGGAAGACAGACGGGUCUAUAUAAUGGACGUCUACAAUCGGUACAUUUACCCAGGAGAUGGUUAUGCCAAAAGAGCGAUAAAGCGUAAAGUGGAGCUGGACUGGGGCACCGAGGACAUGGAGUACCUUCAGAAGGUGGAGCUGCAUGUGGAGGGGGCGCUGAACGAGGUGCGGCCCGACGUCAUCCUCUACAACGCCGGCACUGACAUCCUGGACGGAGACCCCCUCGGAGGCCUGGCCAUAUCACCUCAGGGCAUCGUGAAGCGAGACGAGAUCGUGUUCCGGGCGGCCCGCCGGCGGAGCAUCCCCAUCCUCAUGGUGACGUCGGGCGGCUACCAGAAGAAGACGGCCCGCAUCAUCGCCGACUCCAUCCUCAACCUGCGGCGCGAGGGUCUCAUCGACGGCGCGCCCCCCGACGGCGCUGGCCCCUCCCUCAUGCCACUCAUGAUGAGCAAGUCUGUGUCGGCGGGGGCCACCUUCAAUGCCAUCUGACAACAUAGACAGAAUUACCAGCCAUCCAGCGGCCUUGCAGGAGAUCCUGGUUCGAUGACAUAAACAUUGGUUAGGUCUUCUCGAAGAGGAGUCUUCUAAAAGUCUUUGUCAUCGGGGCAACCUUCAACGCCAUUUGAGCACAUCAGCCAUUCAGAGGCCUUGCAUGAGUUUCUUUUUCAAUGACAUGAACAUUGUUUGGUUUUGUUUGCUUGAAGGGACCACUUACUGUAAGUGGGAAAUGUCAGAGGGCAACCUUCGACGCCAUCUGAAGCUCUCCACACACCUGCUCUGACAAAGCGCAGAACUGUGCUCUUUCUUGCCAACAUUUCCAUUGCUUUCAAAACAGCCCCUCAGACUGUCAAAUUCGAAACUAUACCACAAUGCUGUCAGAACUGGUGUAGAGGCCUUGAGACAGAGAACAGCAGUCAGAAACCUUGCUGCUCCAAUGAUAUGACUAUUGUGAGUUUGUCAAGUCUUGCUUGAAGGGAGCACUUAACUUCCAUUUUUGGUUUCUGUGUUGGCCAACGAUGACCCACAGCAUGCUAUUCAUGUUAAAACUAAAACAAAAUGAGAAUACACUGGUUGUGGUAGCAUGUGGAGGUAUUUUGUGAAGAAUGAGUGCAGAUAUUCUGGUCUUUUUCCUUGAACAGCUAGUUGUCUAACCUAGACUAGUUUUCUGUCCAGUUGUCUUCAACACUUAGUCCUGAUAGUGGGAUUCAUCUUUGCUCUGUCACUUUUAGGGAGGCACGCAUAAAAUCAACUAAAUCGCUUCCCUUUCCAUUGUUGGUACAAUGGGUGUAGCUUCUUCAAGCUCUGCUGGCCAGUCUGGAUGCAUCCAAGGCAUGUUUUCCAACUUCAUCACUAACAUUUUAUUUUUAAAAAGAAAGCUCAUGCAGCUGAUAGUCACUCAGUUCCCAGUUAUCUGUUUUCACCUACUUAAUGCUGGCUGAGCAGGAAUAACUAAGGACCUGGCUGUCAGGACCCAAGAGAUAACUGCCACCAUGUGGGUGGCACAUGUAGAUGAAAGCGCAUCUUAAUCUGUGAGAAGCUUUAAGUUGUAAUGAAGUAAACAAAGUUUUAUAUAAAAAAACACUUUAUGUUGAAGUUCAAAGCACUAAUGUAGGAGUAGUUGGUGUGUGAAAAUUGAGAGACAGAGAGAGAGUGAGAGAACGAGAGAGAGAAUGUGACCUCAUCCAUUUAAAUGGGAUUCGUUCAGUAAUUAAUUCAAUGGUCUUGGCUGACACCUGGGUGCAGCAGCUCAUGUUAGGUUAGGCCCUGAUGAAGCCCAGACCCAGGCCAAAUUAGUGUCAGAGGGAGCUGAAUAUCUUAUUUUUCCUUGUGGUAACCAUUGUUAGGAUGGUACAUUAUCCAAAACCUGCCUGAACGAGUAACUCAUGUCAUUAAUUGUGGCAGAGAACAAAGUAGUUAGAAGCAACAUGGCUGGUCUUAUGUUCCUUUGUACACAAGACAGUGGGGAACUGGGCUGUCCAAUGAGGAAACCGUGUGUGUGUGUAGUAUUUGCAGCUGCACUACAGUGCUUUUCCACACUAAAUCAGUCAUGGUAAAUGUAACAUCCCUAACAGCCUAUCUUCCCACAAAAGGAUCCUUUUUUUAGGGAAUCAUUUCUGUGUGUUAUUUUAGGGAUAUUGGUCGUGUUUAUUUCAGCUAUUUGAUACGUUUGUAACUGUUCAUAUUUCCGUAUACCCACAUUUGCAUUCAGUUGCCCACUGUGCUCACCGCUGUGCUUUCCGCUAUGUAUGUCUUCCAUGCUGUGAAUGAUGUUUUACAAAGGAACAAAUGCAGACACAUUCACACACACACACACACACACACACACACACUGAGGAGGAGUGAGAGAAGAAGGCAGAAAGACAUAGCUAAUCACACUUCAUCUAUUAUGAUGUCAAACUCAUAACUUUAUGUGUCUCUUUUACCAUGGGAAAUUUCCCCCUUUUUAAAGGUUAACAUCAACAUCAUUAGGCAUUCAUCAUCACAUAUAAUCUCUCAUGCAAUUUUAAUUUUAUUGUCUCCAGAGUGGGGCGAUUAUCUUGCCGUUGUCUCCUUAAGUAAUAAAGCCUAGUAAACUAAACGUCUACAGCAGAAAAUAUUUUUGCCUGGCAAGUUGGUCCAGCUCGGCGUCAUCAGAGAUUAUCCAGAAGGACACAGAACCUGUCUUUCAAUACCAACGCUCUACUGUAUCAGUGCAGCAAGACUUUUUCUCUUUUUGAAUCUGUGUGGCAAGUCAUUUAGGAAGAGUUUGUAGGGUGAAUAUGUGGCUGUUAUAUGCAAUUAAACAGUUUGAGCAGUUGGAACCAGCUUGAUUGCCAACCUUUGGCUCCCCAACUUUGCCUAUGGUGGGGUUCCAGACUUUAUGUUUUAUGUUAUAGUCUGGUUUGCCAGGUUAUAAGUAAUCUAUUUUAGGUCUUAAACUUUGUCAGAAGAUUGCUGUACACACAAAAAAAUGUUGCCUAUGUUACCAACUAGGGCAGUGGAUCAUUGUUCAUACUUGGUGUAAACAGCAGAUGGCAUUGGAUGGUGUGAACGAAUUAGUUUGUUUGUACGUCAUCUGAAGAUGCUUUGCCUGUGGAGUACUGCCGUGGAAGAAAACUUUACAAGGCUACACAGCUUCGGAGUAUUUUUUUGUGUCUGCCCAACACCUGACUUUCGUAAUAGAAUCUUAUAUUUCAUUGGAACAAUGUGUGGGCUAGACAGGUUUAAUUUAAUUUGUCUGAGGUAUCACCAUACAUACCCAACUUUUAAAAACUGUUUACUCACAAACACUCACACACAAGCUGCAUUUUUACAGUCUAAGUGGUAAAUUACAGGUGUGUGGGCUUCAAGGAACAUCUCUCUCUCUCUCUCUCUCUCUCUCUCUCUCUCUCUCUCUCUCUCUCUCUCUCUCUCUCUCUGUCUCUCUGCUUCCCAGGGCAGCUUGAGUCAUCCAUCCCACCUACGCCACCCCCCAUCCCUCUCCCCAACCCUUAUCUGCCUCGACUGCAUCUGUUAUUUAUGAGAAGAGCCUUCCAGCGGGGAACGUAGAGAAAAGCUGCAAGGGAAAUGGAGGGGAAAUAAUCCCCUCACCCCCCCCAAAAAAGUGAACAACAUACCACUUACCUUUUUUCUUGCUUUUUUCCUUUUGUCGAAGCUGACUUCCCAUGUAUGCAAGGGGUUUUUGAGACCUAAUAGCUUUUGAAAAAGGAGAUUUUCCCUCUAUGCAGAUCUUUGCUAGAAGGCUGGUGUCUGACUGCCUGUCUGUUGUCGUUAGCCAUGUGUAUGUCUCUCGCUCGCUUGAGAGAACUGACUAAUGACCUCAUAAUGAGCUGCUGGUUUCCUGCUCCUUUUCAUUCCUCCUUUUCUCUUUUCUUUUUGUCUUCUUUUUGAGUUGAUGGCUCUCAGAAACACAAUGGUCAAAAUAAUAUCUUCACCUGCACCACAAAACCACCCCUUUGCUCUCCACCUUUACACCACUACCAACGUAGGCAUCAUUUACAGCAACUUAUCAAAAGGACAGUCACUGAAAUGUUGACAUCUGUAGACAUCCAUUGACAAGAUGGAAAUGGAACUUCGGAUGACUAUGUUGAAGCAUUAGCUCACAGUUAGCAGUGAGUGAGUGCAGUGGGCAGAAUAUCGAGUACAUAGAUACGUAACUGACACUGCCUUUCAAGUCAAGUAGUUAAUGGGUCGACAUUAAUGCACCUUUUUAUACUUGUUUUCAAAAAUUGUCCUCUACUGAUCCAAAAACUACAUUGCGUUUGUUUUUAUGUUUCUUCAAAGAGCUGCUUACUAUUGGCACCUUAGGUUGAUGUAAGGUCAUGAUGUAAUGUGUUUUCUCGAGCUUGCUUGGUUACGUGACUGUAGAUGCCAUAUGACAUGUUAAUACCUCUGUGUACAAAUGAAUGAAUAAAUCAGGACUAAACUACAGUACCCUUGCUGUUGUUGUUGUUUUGACUGUGCCUUAUGUCCCACACCAAUGUUUUUAUGUGACAUUUUUAAGUGCCAUUGAAUGACAGUUGUGUAUGAUAAUGUGCUAUAAAAAUGCUUCUGUUAUUGUUGUUGCUAUUAUGUGGCUAAAUGGUUUUUACACAUUUAA